CAAAAAGGAUAUUCCUCUUGCCAAUUUCAUUGUGCAUGAAAUCCACUGUAGCAGAAAUAUUGAAGUAUGUCGCUACUGCAGUGAAUCAAUCCCAAAGUCUGAAAUAAAGAACCAUAUGGAAACUGAACAUGCGCAGGUUACCUGCAAGUGUCAGAUGAAGAUAGAAAAACGUCUCUUGGAUGAUCAUGAGGCGUCAGGGUGCCUUUUGCGUCCUGCUGUCUGCCAGUACUGUGACAUACAGCUCACCUUCAACAAGCUCCAGGACCAUGAAAUUUACUGUGGAGCUAGAACUGAGACCUGUGGUGGGUGCGGUCGUAACAUCAUGGUGAAAGAUCUAAAAGAACAUCCUCAAAUCUGUGGGCAAGAGGCGAAACAAGUAAGAGAAAGCAGAAGAGUGCCUCGCUUUGAGGAUGAGGAUGCAGAUUUGCACACCCUUCGAGACAUUAGAAACCGACUGAGAUCAGGUAACUCUGCUGGGCUCCUGGGGAGAAUGCCCACGGUGCUAGAAAAGCAGAUUUACAGCAGGCGUGUAGAAGACAAAACACUUAAGGACAUUAGCAGAAGAAAUGUUUCAGCAGCACAAAGAACUCAAAGGCGAGAGGCUGAACUGGAGCAGUUGGAGAGGAAUGAAGACACUCAUUCUUCACUUGAUGAGGAGUGGAACGCCGAUUUAGACUAUGCGUUGGCUCUUAGCCUACAAAAUGAGAAUGAUCCUCACAAUAAUGCUGCAGCUGCAAUUCCCAGUGACUUCUGGGAAAACUACUACACCAAAGGAACUGUGCCAUCCGGCUGUCUUAGUGAAACAGACAAGUCAAGUAUCUUCUCCUGUGACUCUUCAGUGCCUUUUAGCACAUCAAACCAUGCAAAAAAAGGAGAGAUUAUGAUCCCAUGUGAAUUUUGUGGCAUCCAGCUAGAAGAGGAGACAGUCUUUCAUCAUCAGCACCACUGUGAUCUGCGCCCAGCCAGCCCCGCAGCCAGCUCCCCACCUCGGCAGCUGCUGUCUCCUCAAGCCAACAGAGAGAGAAGAGAAGCACCAGAGCUGGCUCUCAGACGGAUCAGGCAUCAAGGAGAUGUUUCUCCUCGGCGCAUAGAAGGCUUUGGGCAGCAGAGGCUCAGCAAUGCUGCACGAGGGACCAAGUCACUGAAUAAUGUGGCAAACGCCAGGAACACACCCUUGUCCUCUUCAAUGAGAGCCAACAAUGCUCCUGACGCGAGAGGGAAGCCCAGGAAGGUGGCUGGCAACGAGGGAAGGCCAAAGAACAGAGGUGGGAGCGAAACUGCAGAUGGGACAACGCCACGUGCAAGACCUACUCAGAACCUUCAUUCAGAAGCCUUCACCUCCAGCUUCUCCAGAACCUCUGCAACCCAGCUGAGCACCAGCAAUGCCGGAGGAAGGAGCCUGGGGCUGUCGCACACUCCUGUCAGCUUCAGGCGCAGGAACACAAAGGCAAAAGCCCAGAGCCCAGCAUCUGAUUAUCCAGAGCAGAAGUGA